ACUCGAGGAUGUUGGACUCUGACGGAUGCGCGACGAUGAAAGGUGGAGGAUUCUUUUGGAUAUUUUGGUACUCGCGGGUGAGCUGUUGGAUAGUCAGUCUGACGACCUUGAUCUCAAGGCUAGAAUAGUUGAACUCACUCUUUUGUAUGCGGCUUUAGUGGCCAUCUUGCUGACAGCUGUGGUGUGAGGGCUGCUGGUGGACUGGAAAGAAGUAUGGAAGCCCGAGGAAUGUAUAAAACGAUGGGGGGCUGCUCAGCGGAAAAAGAAUGACGCAGGACGAGCAAAGUAUUACGAAGAAGAGAGGACGAUGAAAAGAACAGGGAAAAGGGGGAAAGAUGAAUGAUUUAUGACACUUUUGCUGAGCAGAGUUGCUUCUUUCUGGUUUCGAAGGGCAAAGGAGGCGCGGGGUCACGUGCACGA